AUGGUGACAGAAAAUGGGGAUGAAAGUUCGCAAGGUAUAGACGACAUUACUUUGGUGGAAUCGGAUAAUGAGAAUGUUAUGGAGGAACCGAACUUAUUGGGUGGUGAUGAAAUCGUUGGCGGGGAUGGUGCAAUUGUUCCUGAAGUGGGUAUGAAAUUCAAACAUGAAAAGGAAUUGUUCGAUUUUUACAAAAGAUAUGCAUACAAGGUAGGUUUUCUAGUGAGAACAAGAAAUUCGAAGAAGGAUGACGAUGGGGUUGUGCGAUAUAUUACUUUGACGUGUAGUCGCGAGGGGAAAAGAAGCAGUACUACAGUUGGUUCAUUGAGGCCACAAGCAACUAUCCAGACUAGUUGUAAAGUUAGAACAAGCCCUACAAAGUCCAGAUUGUAUCGCUGCAAUCGAGAAUUGAGUGCACAAGUCAAACGGCUCCUUGAAGUAAAUGAUAUUGCAGGAAUUCUAUUGCACAAAAGCUAUAACUCUGCGGUGGUAGAAGCAGGUGGAUACGAGAAUGUGACUUUCGUGGAAAAGGAUUGCCGACACUAUGUAGAACAAGUUCGGCGAUUAAGGCUUGGAGAAGGCGACGCCGUAGCGAUACAAUCGUAUUUUUCAAAAAUGCAAGCAAGUUGCUCGGGGUUUUACUUCAGUAUUGAUUUGGACGACGAGUCAAGACUAAGAAAUGUGUUUUGGGCUGACAACAGGAGUAGGCAAGCAUAUAAAGAGUUUGGCGAUGUUGUGACCUUCGAUACCACCUAUUUUGACUAA